GGUUAGCAAUAGGCAAGUGGUAAAAUGGCGGUAGAAAUACGAAUUUAAUAUUUGAGAGGAUAACUGCUGUUUACUUAGACUUAUAUUAUGUUGAAGUGUAAGAAUCAAUGACAGGUGCUGUAUCCGAUGGUCUCUCUCACAUCGCUAUAAGAAGUAUUAUAUUGAAAGUGGAAAAAAAUUCUCUGUAAUGGCUCACGAUCGGAAUCAAAUUUUGGCCUCUCUAUUGGCCGAUGUAAGUGGAGAUUUGAUGAAAGAGAUUUCGGGCAUUUGUUCUAGUAAUGACAGACUAACAGACAGAUCUUUACUUGCACUGUACUCUGUUUAUGGAAAUGUGUGUGAAAGAGCUGUAGAAUUAUUGGAAAAGGAUUGUGUAACCUUCCUUAGUGACCCAGAUGGUAUAAGAACUGUAAUACAGGUGACUGGGAGUGGUGGAUCAUUGUACACAUUAUUACCUGAAGUGAAUUACUGCCCGUGCCCAGCAUUUCGUUACCAUGUUGUUGGCACCAGAACUGAUAUGUCUUGUAAACAUGUGUUAGCGGCUCAUUUGGCUUCAAUCAUGAAUAAAGGUUCAAAACGCUUAAUUAACAGUUCAGAAGUCUCAGAACUUUUGGUAAAAAGUUAUACAAAUGUUCCUACUUUAGAAAAUAGUUAAACGAAUUAUAUUAUGAUUUAAGUUUCUUGAUUACUGUUAUUAGAUUAAAUAUUUAUAUAAAUGGAAUCUGUAAGAAAAAUGUCCCCAGAAUGAUUUGUAAAUAUUGGAAACAUUUGUAUACAAUCUUCAUUAGUCUUUGAAUACUUUUAGAAUUCAUGUUACGUAAACUUUUUGGGUCCUAUCAAUCAUUUCCGAUUGAAAAAUAUUGUAUUGUUUAUUUGCAUUAAAAAUAUACUUUAAAAAUAUUAAAAGUGUAGCAUUAGUUGAAGGAUGAGCUGGGCUAUAUUAAAUUAUGUUAAUUAUUUUGAGUAGUUCUUAAUUAUGUUUGAAGUGUAUAAAAGCUAAAAAAAGUUACUAUAAAGUGUGAAAAACAUUGAGACAGAGGCAUUGAAUAAAAUAUUUGAACUGUACAUGUCUUCAUUUUCAUCUCAAAUCAGUGUUGUACCUACAAAUUCCAAUAGAUUGUUUAACUUUGGUAUAAUUGCAAUUCUCUUAUUUCUUGAUCGUGUUGUCUUUAACUCUCGUAAUAAAGAGUGGACUUUCUGAAGAUGAAGAGUGAUUUAACAAUUGGGUGUCAGUAUGUCCAGGAAAAAUUGCAAAAUAUAUUUAGUUUAGUCAUUUAUAGCUAGUUUAUUCAUUUGAAUGAAAUGAAAUAUUGUAAUACAAUAUGUAAAAUCAUACAGUAAAUAAUAUUACAAAACAUUGCUAAAUACAGUUAGUUGAUUUUUCAGUGCUUAAUUUCAAACUAAGUACAGGAUUAUGACCAAUUAUAGAAUUAUGAAGUUUAUUUAUUUCAUUAUGGCUUGGAAUUAAUGACUGGAAUUUCAUUAUGCUUGGAAUUGAUGACCGUUUUGGAAAUGCCUAGAUAUAUUUUUCACAAUUUCAAUUAUUCUGAAAAACUCGCACAAUCAUCAGAGAAUUAAACAUUUUUUUCUUGUGGAGCAUCUAUCUAGGAAAGCAGUGCAUAUUCCAUCUUUGUGCUUGAGUGGUUCAGUAACAUACAUUUGCUCCUUAAAUAUUAUCCAAAUCCAUUGGAAUGUAACAGAUAAUUUUAAGGAGAAAUUUUUAAAAUGAAAAUAUAUGGUACUUGUUGAACACAUCAUCUCUUUGGACAGAUUUUUGCCAUGUCAAAAUCGUUCAAAGUGAUUGUUUGAAAAUGAAACAAAGCAAAAACUUGUGGGGGAAAAAUAAGUAUAAUAGUAAAUAAGUAAAUAAUUUUUUUUUAAGAGAGUGCACAUUUUUCUCAAUACCCUCCCCAAAAAUUCCAGGGCACAUCCAAGUGUACAAAAGUGAAGUUGUAAAUCCACCGAAGGAAGGAUAUCUCAGCAGCUUAAGGGUUAAAAUAUGAUGCGAAUGAUGUAUUUGUUUCAAGCUAUAUGUCUAAGCAUUUUUCCAGUGUUUUCAUGGGAUGUAGCUGACAAUGUGUAGUAAAAUCAAGGUUGCAAGGUUGUCUUUCAAAAACAUUUUGUUUUAAUGAUUUAACUGGUAACUUUCUGAUGCUCAAUUGCUUUUAUGAAUUGAGAAUGAGAGACGGGUUCUUUAUUAAAAGAUCUUUGUUUUGGAGCAGUAAAUGCAGCUUUGCUUUCCCCCUUUCAGUUGUGUAUAAUGAAAGCAUUAGAUGUUAUAAGAGCAUAAGUCUAUUCAAGUUUAGAAGAAAAAAUUAAGAUUAAUUUUGUUUUCUGCACAAUAAAAAGUAUUCAAGGAAGCUCAUGGAUUGUAUGCAAUCAGAGCAUAGGUGUUAUGCACAAUUGGAUAAUCCAUGUCGUACAAAUUCAAUAAAAGUAUGUUUGCUACAAGAAAUUGAACAAAAAGUUUUUGUAGACUGUGUUUGCCUGAUAGAUCUUUAUUAUAUUUUUGCACUUUUCAUUGAAGUUUCUGGAUAUGACUUUACGAUGUGGAAGAAAGGAAGAAUAUGUACUUAAAUGAAAUAGCUACAAUUUCCAUGUACAUAUUUUAUUUUUUAUUCACUUUCAUGUUUUGAAGACUCACAACAAACCUUUUCAUUGCGUGACAAAAGUAGCCGUGACACUGAGCAUUUUCCAGUUUUAGAAAUGUCUUCAACGGUAGCACAUCCUUUUUCAUUUCAUUCUUUACACCUAUUUUCCAAUUUGUUUUAGAUUUAUGUUCUGGACAUCCAUAAACUUAUAUUUUUUGUUGAGAUACACAUGGCUUAGUUUUGGAUGCUUCCUCUUCAUCUUAUGUUUGGAGAAAACACAUGUAAAAUUUAAUUCUAAAUUUGCAACUAUUCUUGAAAUGUUUCAAAAACAUUGUUUUAAUACUUUAGCCCAAUGAUUUCCAAGGUUGAUACUUUUUCUGACUUUAUUUGUUGGCAUUAAAUUUUUGCUGGACUGUGGACUCAUUUAGAUCAUUAUAAUCUGAACUUGUUGAGAUACCUGUUAAAGAUGGAAAACAGAAUAUCUGACGUUUUCUCCUUGCAUGUGCCAUUGCACUUUGUAUUCUACUGAUAUCUCUCUACAUAGAGGGAGAAACUUCUGUAGUCAAAAUGUUCUUAAUGCAAUAAGAGCAUAAAACAUCUUAUUCUUUUAUUACAUCUAGUGCUUCAAUUGUUUCUAAUUUAUGACAGAAACAUUGCUCCAUAUCAUAUGAAGAAUACUGAAUGGUUUCAGUUUAAAAGAAUUAAAUAGUUUUCUAAUUGCACCUGCUCUAAAGCCCUUCUCUAGGAGGGAUUCAGUUGCAGUUGAACCCUUCUGAGCACUGAUACAUUUUUUCAUCCAUGUUAAAACAUCCUAUUAAAGAAAAAUUGUAGGAAGUUUUUGUAUAUUGAUAAUUUCAAUAGAAUCGCAGUUUCUGAAAGGAUUGUGGUUGAAAAAUGAAACUGAAGAUGAUUGAUAAUUGAAAUGAUUUGUUUUUGACAAAAAUCUUGUUUUUAGUUUUGAAGUCUUUUCAAUGGGAGGAGGAAACAAAUUUACUUUAAUGUCUGAAUGGCUGAGAUAGUUAUUAAUAUGAGAGCUAAACUGGCAAAUUCUUGACUUUAUCUGAGUUUAUCAUUUUAAUUUUUCUUGAUCACUACUUAAUCUAAAACACUUGUAAAUUGAUUUUCAAAUAUUGUCUUAGGGUUUGAUGAGUGGCUACCAUUGAAAAGUUUCAAAAAGCAUAGCUAGUGUGGCCUUGUGUCAAAGUUUAUUUGAGGGUGCAUUUUAAAACACACUACCCUCUAUGUUGUCGAUUUUCUGAACUCUUGUUAGUUAGAUAAUGGCUUAAAGAUAAGUAUUAUUUAUUUUAUUUUACUUUCCUUCACUUUCUCUUAAUCAAACCUGAGCACCACCAUAGUGUUUGCAUGUUCUGCUCAUAUAUAAUAUUAGCAAUACCAGUAGUGCUUCAACAAAGCACAAGUUUUUCAAAACUUAUAUCAUGGUGUAACAAAUAUUGUUUUAAACCAUGAAUAUUGCUGAUAUAUUUUUCUGAACAACAAAACUUGAAUUUCAUGAAGUUGAACACACAAUCCUGAACUACUUUUUUUGAAAACUUAACUUGAAAGUAAAGUUGUUUGUAGGGCAUAUAUUGACAAUAAUUUACUUUACUGUAUAAGCAUAUUUGUGUAGUUCCCUUCCUGAAUUUUGUGAAUCCUCAAAAUAUGCAUUUAUUGAGACUUUUGGAAGAGCCCUUAAUGAAGUGUGUGGAGGAAUAUAUCUAUGUUCCUCCAUGUCAGGUGUCUAAAAAUGAAGCUUCUACAGUAAAAUUGGAUAAAAUAACAAAUAACUGAAAUGUAUGUCAUAAUUUAUAUUUCAUAUUUAUUAUUAUUAUUUCAUAUUUCUUAACAGAGAUGUACUUCUUACUAUAUUUACU